CAUUGUGUAGAACCAAAACGUGCCACAGAUACGCCGUCGUGUCGUCGUCGUUGUCAUCACGUUACCAAUACCACUAAAUGCAGUGGAAGAAGAAGUUUACUCGAUUGAAAGCAGCUACAGGACAUUCGCGUGCGCGAAGAAUGCUUUGUUGUGGACGAAGAAAGGAAAAUGGAAGAUCAGUUCCUGAUGUUACGGCAAGCCCGGGCCGUGCGCCGCCCGGACCAUUGCCAUCAAAUCAAAUGCAAACGAUGGUUAAUCAACAGCAGCAGCAACAACAACAUCAACAACAGCAGCAGCAACAUCAUCAUCAGCAACAACAACAAUCACAGCAUCAGCAACAUCAUCAACAGCGACAGGGUGGAUCAAAAGAACCCGUCCUAUUGCAGGGUGAUUUCCGGAAGGUCUCAGGUAUUAGUUCCGAAAUCUUCCGACAGAUAGAAGCUGUCGAAAAUGAUCAUGAUCCGAAUACAGCGGCCGCCUUGGAGGCGGUCGAGAGACGAGGUGAAAUGAUAGUGCGCAUCUUGGAGCCGCACAGUAUUGGCGGUAAACAGGCCGUAGAUGCAGCCCAUAAAUUAUUGGCCAAGAAAGAUAAUCGACAUAUAGUACAGUUGGUGGAAAUCGUUAAGAGACCCGGUCAAACCUUAGGUUUAUAUAUACGCGAAGGAAAUGGUGCCGAUCGUACCGAUGGUGUAUUCAUUUCACGGAUUGCCAUCGAAUCUGCAGUGUCGAAUAGUGGAUGCCUGAAGGUGGGCGAUGAAAUCCUUGCCGUGAAUUUAGUCGAUGUCACCCACAUGUCCCUGGACGACGUUGUCAUAAUAAUGUCAAUUCCACGACGCCUGGUCUUGGCCAUACGACAACGUUGCGGUAAUCGUGGCACCGGCUCACCAGGCCCGCCCUCCAUGUCACGACCCGAACAGAAACCACCACCGGUUGUUGUCAUGAAACGUGACCUGCGCGACGAGGAGCUCGACGAGACUGAUCACAUGUCAAGAUCCCGUUCAUCACGCGAAAGACGUACAGGAGAUGGUCGUGAAAUGUCCGAAUCACGCUCGCGACUCGGUCUGGGUCUGAACAACUAUAGUCCGCAAUCGGAACAGCUGGAUAUGUACUAUAAUACCCGUCCGGGUAUGGAACCACCUAAUUGGGGCUAUAAACCACCACCACCGCCAUCAUCAGUCAUUACGGAACAGCCCAAGGGUCAUCAGUUUGCUCCAUCACAUGCGUACUACAAGAAUGCCGGAACGUUGGAGAGUCUGGCGGAAAAGGUACAUUCCUUCUAUCCGGGAGCUCCGCCUUCUCGUCGCCUGUCAGUGGGUAAUGUACCGCAACGAGCCCGUUUCCCACGUUCCGGGUCCGAUCAGCAUUUGCCUCGCGUAGAAUAUGCCGAUUAUUCGAAUUCUCUGGGUCGCCACUCGUUGUUGCGACCUAGCCUCAAGCCGAGCGGUGGCUCCGUGAUUAUGGGUCCUGGCGGCACUCUGGGUCGCUAUGGACGCUAUGAUCCUCAUUCAAAUGCCAAAUAUGGACCGAGUGGUACUCAGUCUCUGACUCGGCGUUCAAGACCCAAUUUAGAUUAUUCCAGUGAUACGGAGGCUACCGUGGGACCACGGCCCAACUAUUACUACUACAAUCGCCCUGCCAUUGGUAGUAUGCCUCGUGGUGCGGGAGCACCUGGUGGAGCCUCUGUGCUGGGUGGAGGGCCAGAUAUGGCUAAAUUCAAUUCACUGCCAAGAGAUCGGCCCGGUGUACGAUUGCCGGGUAUACGUUCACGUAUUAGCGAUCGCAUAAUGGAUGAAAGCGAUGGUAAUAUUUCGGCACCCGAAUUUAAUGCUCGGCGGGAUCGUGAUCUGAGAUCGCGGAUCACAGCCAGUCCUCAGUCGAUAUUUACAUCGGAUGAAUAUCGGGCAUGGCUGCGGAGGGCACCCAGCAGUUCGGCCAUUGCCGAGCAAAUGCGUAUGACAAGAGAUCUGCUGAAUCAGCCAAGGUCCCAUCGGUUCUCCUGCAGUGCUGAGAAUAUUCACGAUGCUCUGAGAAAUACCGAAAGCAUUUACUCCAGUCGAACGGGCAUCCUCGGCACCGGCACCUUGGAUCGCCACUUGGGCAUGCCCCGACCCAUCUCAUCACUGCCUGUGCGUUCCAUGUCAUCCCAGCACAUAGGUGGCCCCAACUCUAUACGUUCGCCCAGCAUUCGUCGCAUGCGUCAACUACUCGAACUCUCCGCUGGCCCAGCCAGUCCCAGUGGCAGUAUCAUGAGCACAGGCGGACAUCAAAGUCCUGCGCCCACACCCAGUGCUACACUGCCGCGACCACAUCGACAAAUCGACAUCAAUCCCGCAGAGUUCAGCAAAUAUAAACUGGACAAACCCAUCGUUGAUAUAGGCGGUGUAUCGGGUAUGUUGUGGAUUCACCUGUUAGCGGGCCGUGGACUACGUUCGGCACCCGAACUAGGACCACAGCACGGUGCAGGAGGACAGCAUCUACCGGCGCCCACACGCGAUCUAUACUGUGUGAUAGAAUGCGAUCGGGUACAUAAGGCGCGAACUGUGGUACGCUCCGGCGACCUGCAAUUCGAUUGGGAUGAAUCGUUCGAAUUGGACUUGGUGGGCAAUAAGCAAUUGGAUGUUUUAGUUUAUUCGUGGGAUCCACAACAUCGGCAUAAGCUAUGCUAUCGUGGAGCCAUUUCACUGUCAACGAUACUGCGCCAGUCGCCAUUACACCAGCUCGCCCUCAAGGUGGAGCCUCGUGGCACGAUUUACAUUCGCAUGCGUCACACAGAUCCCAUAGCUCUGUAUAAACGUCGUGGUUUACCUAGCCUGCGGGCUGGUUAUCCCACUCUGUUCGGUGCUGAUCUUGAGACUGUGGUGAAUCGUGAAUCGAAGGGUGCCCCAGGCUGUGCUCCAGUUCCGAUAGUUUUGCGCCGCUGUGUCGAAGAGGUGGAGCGUCGUGGUCUUGAUAUAAUCGGUUUGUAUCGCCUGUGCGGUUCGGCCACAAAGAAACGUCUACUGCGUGAGGCGUUCGAACGAAAUAGUCGUGCCGUGGAAUUGACUCCAGAACAUGUUCCUGAUAUCAAUGUCAUCACUGGUGUGCUGAAAGACUAUCUAAGAGAAUUGCCAGAACCGUUGUUUACGCGAUGUCUCUUCCAGAUGACAGUCGAUGCAUUGGCUGUAUGUCUACCCGAUGAUCCCGAAGGCAAUGCAAAAUUAAUGCUUAGCAUAUUGGAUUGCUUACCUAGAGCAAAUAGGGCCACCCUAGUAUUUCUAUUGGAUCACUUGUCACUGGUCGUCUCUAAUUCCGAACGCAAUAAGAUGUCAGCUCAAGCUUUAGCCACUGUCAUGGGCCCACCCCUAAUGCUGCAUUCUGCCAGCGCCCAGCCUGGCUCUGAGAUCGAUCAUGCCCAGCCCAUUGCUGUGCUGAAAUAUCUCUUACAAAUCUGGCCCCAACCCCAGUCGCAACAUCAUCAAAGUGCGCCCGGAGUCGGAGCAGGUGGCAAUCUCAUUAACAGCAUGGCUGUGGGUGGCAGUACCAUGGGCAUGGGCCUUGGUAUGGGUCUGGGCAUGAAUGCUGGCAGUAUGAAUAAUAUGCCCGGUGUUGUUUCAGGUCGGCGCGGCGAGUCAACAGGGCAGCGUGGAAGCAAAGUCAAUGCGUUGCAAGUGGACAGGCAGGCGUUCCUCAUGGCGCAGCAGCAGCAGCUCAUGGCGGCGGGCAAUCUACUACGCUCGUCCACUUCGGUAACCAACAUACUUUCUCAAGGCCAACAUCCGCUCUCAGCCACAGUCAACAGUCAUCUGUAUCAAUCAGUAGUGGGUCAGUUAGCUCAAUCGCAUCGAGCCUUGCAACAAGCGGUGCAACAGCCCCAUCCAUUGGUGGACUCAGUGGUCUCGGCAAUUCCCGACCCAUCGCCACUGCCCAUUCCCGGCACACCCUCCCCCGGCAGUAGUUCAGCAUCGACAGCAUCGGGAUCCGGUUCGGGCAAAAGUACGGACACAAUCAAACGAGGCAUUUCACCGGCCUCCGUUAAGCAAGUCAAUAUCCAGGAAUCUGUCAGUUCGUAUUCGCUCAGUCAGAAAAACAACAACAACAACACCAAUCAAUAUGCAACAACAUCACCCACAGGCACAUCAUCCGGCAGUACAGCAGCAGCUGCCCAUGCAGCAGCCCUGUCAUCCGGUAGUAGCACCACGCGCAAAGGUGUUGAUUUUUACGAACCGCACAAAUCUCAGACCAAGAGCGACGAUGACAAUAAUGGUGUGGUGAACAACAGCAGCAGUGGCAGCGGUAUCGGCGGCAAAUAUGGCGAUUCGGCAUACAAAUUGCGUAGCGCCUAUGCUUCGUCGGGAGGUAGUGUCGCGUUGGAUCACAAACCCACCAGUUCACUGUCCACCGAAGAAUACAAGGCCAUGCGUAACAAAUCCAGUGCAUCAUCAUCCUCAGCAUCUUCACAGGCUACGGUUCUGAGUGCCGGCUCGGCGGGUACCUCGGCUACAACCACCUCUUCCGAUGAUUCGGACGAUUUGGUUUCAUAUAAAUCUUCGGCUUCAACAAAUGCUCUAUUGGCCCAAUCGCAGGCCAUGACCACCACCCAGCUAAUGUCGAAAUAUCUGAAGCGGGAACCUAGGGUACAAUUUACCCCCAUUAAAUCACCUGAUUCACCAUCACCACCAGGUGGCAGUAGUUUACCCCGAGGUACGUAUCAUCUAACCAAUAGCAGUCGAAAUAUACACAGUGAUGUUAGCAGCGGUAGCGGCAUCAGUAGCACCUUAUCAGCUAGCAGCCACAAUCUGGGUGGUAAAUACACCCUCGACAAAAGCGACCGGGCCGCAUCACCAUCGAAAUCAUCAUCUCUAGCCUCCAGUAGCCUCAAGGAACCCGGCACUUCGACCUCAGCCACAUCGCCAGCAGGUUUAAUUUCAACGGGACGUCGUCUAUUCGAUAGCCUGGCUUCCGAACUUGCCGACUCAGCACUGGGCAGCAGCCGUUCGAGGACAGCUACAUCCACCACCACAUCAUCAGCAUACAAUAACGACAUUAGACACUCGGUAGCAAGUAGUAGUACUCAUAUUAGCAAUAAGUCAACAACAAGCUCAGAACAUCGUUCAUUCGGUAGUAGUCUCUUUAGCAGCAGCAGUGGCACUGAACGCUCUGAACGCAGCAGCAGUGCCUAUUCGAGCAAUGGCUCAAAUGGUUCGUCACACUAUGGUACAUUGCCCAAACAAAGUAUCUCGGGGGCGACUCUAUUCAAUACGGCAGGCUCCGCGGCAGCGGGUGGGGCCGCAGCAUCGUCAUCAUCGACUGCACCUGGCACGGCCAGCAGCAGUGGUGUUAGUUCCAUGUCUGGCUCAGCCAGUAGUUAUGAUUUUUAUACAAAUAAUUCAAAUUCCUCCACGGCUUAUUCAGGUUCAAGUAGUAUGUAUGGUACCAACUCAAGGCCAUAUGCCAAUGGUGGCGGUGGUACUGCCUCCUCAUCGAAUGGGGCUGGUAAUUAUCACACAUUGGGCACCUAUCGUGUCCAAUAUGCUGCCACAAAUCCAUUUUUGGAUGCGUUUGAUGCACCAUCGGAAAGUAGCACCACCACCUCUGCCAGCAGUCGAAAUGGCAGCGGAGGCAGUGGUGCUGGUGGCAGUAGUGGUGCCAGCAGCAGUAGUAGUGAUCAUCGUUCAUCGGCUAUGGCUGCAUUCCAUGCCAGUGCUGGUAGUAGUGGUGAGGUGAAAAAUGGUAGUGAUGAAUAUGAUGAUCUUAAAUAG